GACUUUUUUGUCUCGUCAAGAUGGUUCUCGCGGUCGACCUUCUCAACCCCACCCCUCAGGCUGAGGCCCGCAAGCACAAGCUUAAGCAACUUGUGCCUGCUCCCCGUUCCUUCUUCAUGGACGUCAAGUGCCCCGGCUGCUUCAACAUCACCACCGUCUUCUCUCACGCCCAGACCGUCGUUGUGUGCUCCGGCUGCUCUACCGUCCUCUGCCAACCCACCGGUGGUAAGGCCCGUCUCACCGAGGGCUGCUCUUUCCGCAGAAAGUAAACGUCUCGACAACGGAGUUGGGCGAUGACGAUUGCAACGUGGCGUUUUUCGAUGAUGAUGGAUUAAUACUAUAUUUUUGAGAAAGCACAUCAGAUAGAAGAUGGAAUCCUCGCCCCUUGCGAGAAACCCCUACAACACUCAUGGGCAAUGAGAAAAAUGUUCUUACACCUCACAUCACCGUUCAAUACCAAAAAGCGUUUUCUUCACAUUGAGGGGAGUUCCGGAUAUCUGGCACUUGAUCGGUCCACACUCUGUCAACUUAUUGCUUUGUUUCCGUCAAAAACCAGUUUAUUCUCACCUUCUUGUGUUUAUGCUUUUUUUUUUUUC